AUGUCGUCCUUUUCACUCGAUUACGACGAUGAAAGGAAAGCUCAGGUUAAAGAAUACGGACAGCUUCUCAAGGCAUACUUCGACAACGACGGCAAGAAACGAUUUCAGUUCCAGAAAGCGAUGGGAGCAGGCGCCUCUGGAUUGGCAUGGCUUAUCAAAUUCAACCCCGCGGGCGGCUUUCCAAAUGAGAAAAAGAUUAUACUCAAGACCAACAUCGAAAACGCUCUCACCGAGAAGGACUACGUUGAGGGGUCGAGCUAUAAGGCCAAACUUGACAAAGGGAUGGAAAAGGAGGUGAACAUGUUGAAGAAAUUGAGAUUCGCGCGGCAUAUUGCUCGGAUACUGGAGAUUGGCGAUGACCCGCUCCAGACACCAUUCCCCUUGAGACCGCAUCGCAACGAGAUCAGUUUCUAUAUGGAGUGUCUACCAAACGGCCAACUCUACGACUUCCUAGAGCGAGUAAUAGACAGCGAUGACAUCUCGCACCUGCCGAAUCGAGUGUUGUGGAGGAUGUUUUUAUGCCUUAUACGCGCCUGCAUCGGGAUGCAAUGGCCUCCCGAGGAUCCCGGAGACGGCAGCGCGGUCAAAGAACGUGUGCGAGCUUCGGCUCACGAAGCCAAAAUUACACACGGUGAUAUGCAUAAUGGUAAUAUCAUGAUUGACGACUUCACCCUCGACGAAGAUGAACACGAUCUGUUCCCGGCGCUGAAGUUGAUAGAUUUCGGAAUGGCAACAGAGGAUCCAUCGGACUUGAACGUGGAGGAUGAAAAUGUUUGGGACAUAGGACUAAUAAUGAUGACAGCAAUAACAUUGGAGCAUGGGUGGAUCCACACAUACCGAUUUAACCCAACCGUCAAGACAAAACUGACUCCUGGAGGCCCGGAAUACGACACAGUCGCUACGGGGCUGCUACCCGAUGAAGAUGACAUUACAAAAGCGGACCCCGUGCCAUGGCUCGAUAACGAUCUUAGAGCGCUUGUUUGUGCAUGUCUAGCAAAAUCAGAUCACCAUCGCCCAAAGGUCGUGACGCUGGCGACUGCAGCUUCCAAGGCCGUGGAAACCUACGAUGCGAUGCAUUACAUGAACCAAGGAAGUCGAGACUUCAUGCUGGAAGGCGAUAGUGCCAUAAAAGCAAUCGUUAGAGAAUUUCUCCACGCCCCUCCAGAAUAUUGA